GCCAGCCAUUUUCCAACCAGCAAAACCAAUAUUGUCAACGAAAAAUGAGCAGGAAAUAUGCAAGGUUGUGUGGUGCCCGGCCGACUGUUUGUCUUCCAAUCCAUCCACUGUCUCUCCGGUCGAAACACACGUCUAGACGGCGUUCCGGUUCUGUCAAAGCUACUACUGAUCAUAACAGCACAGAGUUUUUGAACAAUAUCAGCAGCAGCGGGGAUGAUGACUUGAGUAGUACUGCAGAAGAUGUGAAAAGUGGGAACAAGAUUAUGGUUGUUGUGGAUUCAAGCCUUGAAGCUAAGGGAGCUCUCGAAUGGGCACUAUCCCACACUGUCCAAUCCCAGGAUACCAUUGUUCUUCUUCAUGUAGCUAAUCCCUCCAAACAACAAGACUCAAAUGGGAAGACUAAUUUGAAGGCUUUUGAACUGCUUCACUCUAUUAAAAAUGUUUGUCAAAGAAAACGGCCUGGGGUGAAUGUGGAGGUAGCAUUGCUUGAAGGGAAAGAGAAGGGCCCAAUAAUAGUGGAUGAAGCAAGGAGACAAAGAGUGUCCCUACUUGUUCUUGGCCAAAAAAGAAAGUGGUCGAACUGGUGGCAGCUUAUCAAGAGGUGGACGAGGAGCAGAUCAUCGGGGGAGGUUUUUGUGGAAUACUGCAUUCAAAAUGCUGCAUGCAUGACGAUUGCAGUGAGGAGAAAGAGCAAGAAAUUGGGAGGUUACUUGAUCACCACCAAGCUUCACAAGAAUUUCUGGCUUCUGGCUUGAUUGAAAUAUGAUCACAUGGUUCUUAGUUACGUUUAAGAAGUCAUUCAUUUUUCUACGGAAAAUCAGAGUCUGACGCAUAUACAAAACUAUUUCACUGAAAUCCGAAGAAAUAUGUUUUUGCAUACAUGUCAAAUUCUGAUUAGAAAUGAUUUCAGCACACCUCUUUUCUCCCCUUGCAUACCUCUAUCUAUUUGUGGUAUUUGAAUGUAAUAAGUCAAACAAGAAUCGAAAAUAAAAAAUCAACAGGUGUGCAGAAGAAGAAAAAA